AAAAUUCUAUUUUACACUGAUCCCUUGCCAAGUUGUCUUGUAAGAAUGGCACUUGGAUUAUAUUCACUAAUAGAAGCUGUAAUUCUGUGUUUGAAUGCUGUAUGUGUGCUACACGAAGAAAGAUUUUUAGCGAAAAUUGGAUGGGGCUCUGAUCAGAGAGGAUUUGGCGAAGAACCAGGGAUGAAGACCCAAGCAGUAAAUCUUGUUAGAUCAAUAAGAACAGUCAUGAGGAUACCACUUGUAGGAAUAAACGUUGUGGUGAUAGCGCUGAAGCUAGUCUUUGGUUAGUAUCACUGCAGACAUUACACACCUCUUAUUACAUCUAAUCAUCUGAGUGAACAGAACAAUUGGUGAAGAUGUGUCAUCGAAUCCUAAUUAUGGUGCAAAGACGUGAUUGAAAGUUUCUGCAGUGGAAUGGAGUUUACUUCAGCUGUGUAAAGUGUGAUAUUUAUGAUGUGUCCGAGAGAAUGUGAUUACAAACAUAAAACUAACUCAUUUUUGUAAAUUAUUGCAAGGUAUAGAAGUGUAAGGAUUUUCUUUUCAUUUACAAUAAAAUAAAUUACAAUGUG